GCAAGUGCUAUUGCCUCCUCUCGUCUCGCCACACUGUGAGACUGACCGUGACCGCAACCAUGCCGGGCAUACUGCUGGGAGACGUCUUUCCCAAUUUCGAAGCCGAUACAACAAUUGGCAAAAUAAAAUUCCACGACUUUUUGGGAAACUCAUGGGGUGUCCUCUUCUCCCAUCCUCGGGACUUCACGCCGGUGUGCACCACAGAGCUGGCCUGUGCUGCCAAAGUCAGUGACAAGUUCACCCAGCGCAACGUCAAGAUGAUCGCCCUCUCCAUCGACAGCGUGGAGGACCAUGUCAGCUGGAGCAAGGACGUGAUGGCGUUUCACCCCGACAAGGCGGGCACCCCCAUGCCCUUCCCCAUCAUCGCCGAUCACAACCGCAAGCUGUCAGUCCAGCUGGGCAUGUUGGACCCUGACGAGCUGGACAAGGAUGGCAUGCCCCUCACCGCACGCUGCGUGUUUGUGAUUGGCCCAGACAAGAAGCUGAAGCUGUCUAUUCUCUACCCUGCCACUACGGGGCGCAAUUUCGACGAGCUCCUGAGGGUCAUCGACUCCCUGCAGCUCACGGCCCAGAAGAAGGUGGCCACCCCAGUGGACUGGAAGCCCGGUGACAAGGUCAUGGUGAUUCCCUCGCUUUCCGACGAGGAAGCGGCUAAACUCUUCCCCGCCGGCGUCACCACGAAAGAGGUGCCUUCUGGGAAGAGAUACCUGCGCUACACGCAGCCGUGAAGAGGCAGCGCUGACGACAACAACAACAACAACAACAACAAUAUUGCACUUAACAUCACACCUGGGGCCUAUACUGAGAGGCUGGAUCAGGAGUAGACCAGGGAUGCAUUUCUCGAAACCAUAGUUGCUAACUACGUUAGCUACUUUGUUGUUUGCAAUGCAAUUUCCCAUUGGCAACUACCCAAGUUGCUAACUGGCUAGCAAUUGUGCUUUUGAGAAACACACCCCAGGUUAAGUAGAGAGGUAAAUCAUCUAGAAGAUGAGUGGAGUCCUCGUGUUCUUCAGAAAAUCAGGACUCCAGGCUCUUCUAUUAGAUGAUUUACCUCUUAACUUAACCUGGUUUACUCCUGAACGAGCUUCUCAGCAUAGGCUCCUUUGCUCUUUUUGGCUAGACGAUAUUAUCACGUAACAAAGCCAGUCCACUUUGCUAAUCAUGCCGCAUCACGUAAUGAAAUGCAGCCUUCAAUUCCUGGACGCAUAUACUGUAGUGUUCGUAUGGUGUUUUUGUGGGAACAACUAACCAACGUGUAGGUCCAUCCACAGUGCCUUACUUGUACGGUUAAUAAAAUAAUAAUAAAUGCCUUUUCAUAGA